AUGGACUUGAAAAGAGCCCCGGACUCGACACCACGUCUCUUCCGCCGGGCCCGCGCGUACGUCCCACACCACAUGAGAUCCAGUGAAAGCCUGUUUUAUCCGCUAAGCUCCGGGCGCGGGUGUUCUGCAGAUGCAAAGAUUGCCGGAGUGCGAAAGUACGCUGUUCGGGCGGUCAACCGUGCCAACGAUGUGCACGGCGGGGCGCCUCAUCAACGACUGUUCGAGAAAGAACACAGCGUGUCGGCCGAACAAUUGUCUGAGCCCGAGCAGGCUCCUGUUACAUCACCUCAAAGACAGUACGAGGCCGUUGCCUCAACCAACGACGAGAACUUGCCGGUCAACUCUGCUGUCAUCUGCGCAAGUCAGCGGGGCGCACGAACAGCCUCAGUUGGGCCCAUGUCUUACUCCCGUCCUGCUGAGGGUGAAUCGCGGGAUAGAGAGCAAUCUCAACGUCCCAGAAAUAGCCUCAUCGGCAGUGACUUUGCUUUCAUCCAAGAUUCUCAAUCAUCUCUUUUCUUAUUUCUUGGCCCGACUUCAACUUGGACCUUCUGCCGACGGGUGUUCACCAUUCUAGAAAACGCUGUCGGCAGUCCAGAUACUCCUCUAGCUCCAUUGAAUCUGGAUGGAACGGCAUUCAGCUUACAGUGGCAACCUAAGCUUCAAGUGGACGCCGAUGACUUGCUACGUUUGCCCCCUAUGGACCAUGCCCUCUUUCUUACCUCGCGCGCAAAGAAGACUCUCAAUGGAGCUUAUCUUGCUGCGCGAGCUCUGUCACUAUUGCCGGAUGUGGCGUUUCUCCAAAACAAACGCCCAGCGUUGUUGGCCAUUAGAGUUUUGGCUUUAUCAGCGCUGUAUCUUCACGCUAUCGACAUGCGUUCAUCAGCGUACCAAUAUAUCGGCCAAGCAUUUCGCCUAGCGCUACAUGAUGGCCUUCAUCGUCGCAUGCCAAAGGAUGUUGGCCCCAAACUGAUAGCUGAAUUCAGCAAUACCUGGUGGGGCAUUUACGUGCUCGAUCAAGAGAUCUCCGCAGGGCUAGGAUGCCCAUCAACGUUGUCACAAGACUACAUUACCACCUCAACUCCAGAUUUACUGUCCUCUGAUCAUUCAGAGAAAGCACUCAGUCUACGGGUGCGUCUAUCGCGACUCGUCUUGACUAUAACCAGCUGUAGCUACAGCUUUGAUCAAGAGUCCGUCUCAGAUUUUGUGCGAGAUACAACAUCAAAUUUGCAUAGCCUUGCAGAGCUCUCUCAAGACAUUGAUCGAAUCAUCUCCUUCUACAGGGUUAACGGUGGCGAACCGCCACAAAUGUUCAUCAACAUAAAUCUAUCAUAUCACCAUUGCAUAGUUCUAGCGACCCGGCCGCUUAUGAUAUGGCUACUUACGCGAAAAUUCUGCCCGGGAGUUGAGCCCGAGUGGUUGACGGGACCUGGUGCUACUCUUAUCGAGAAGUCCGGACGAUCAGCAGCAGCAAUACUUUCGGCACUAGACGAUCUGGCUCAAAUUGAAAUGAUAGAGGCAUUUUUACCCUUUCAUCUCGAAUGCGCGUUCUCUGCCGCCACAUUGCUCUCUAUACUUUCAGCAUUCUUGCCAUCACACAUUCCACAGUCGGGAUGGCGUCAGUCGGUGGUUGUGGUUUUCGAAGCUCUAAUAUGCAAGGGAAGCGUAGCAGCUGGGCUUCGUCAGGCCGAACUGAAGCAUCUUGACACUCUAUUGGCCCCUCAUCGGACUGAGGAGUCGGCCAGUGAGCGCUCCUAUCUGCCAAUAGAACCCUCAAGGUUGGAUCCAUCAACACUAGGCAGAUCCUGCGACGGACGAGCGAGCGAUGGCCAGGGCCAGAAAGACUGGGCGCCGGUGAAUAGCUAUCCAGACGCUACGGGUCUGGGUACUGGUCUGUGGGAUUUUGCUGAUUUCUGCGUUGGGUCGGAAGACAUACUUACACUGGCUCGCGAAUUCGAGCUCAAUGACCCUAUCCCGUGGCUACUUCCUGCUGAUACAGUUCGAUACAUGUAA